GUUAGGUUGUUGGUUGUCGUGUUGUCGAUGAUGGUGUGACUGUGACUUGCGAUCCAGCUGAUUCGUUCGUCCGCGAGAAAGGAUUUUCCCCACCACAUAUUUAAUGUGCUCUUUGCUCCGAAGUCGAUUCACAACACUUCACCCGUUGAGAACGUGGUGAAAUUUAUAUAUACUGUGUAUAUUUUGAACAAUAAGAAUAAGGAUGGCGCCAACACUCAGUAAAUUUAUCGACAAAAGAACUGCUGCUGGUGCUUUAACUAUUUCAGCAUUGAUUUGGUUUUUAAAAUCAAGAAGCAAAAAACGCAUCGUUAAAUCAAAGAAUAAUUGGCCUAGUAAUGAUAUUCACUAUGUUAUCAAAGAGGAGAAGCCUAAAGGACCAAAAGCACAUGUCAAUGCAGCUUUUUUCAAACAAUUGCGUCUAUUACUUUCUAUUGGAAUACCUGGAGUUUUUUCUGUGGAAUCGGCUUAUAUUUUUGUUAUUGCCGCAUCUCUUGUUGCUAGAUCGAUAUGUGAUUUAUGGAUGAUUCAAACCGGAACAUUAAUCGAAACAUCUAUUGUUAAUAUGAAUGCAGCUUUAUUCAAGAAGAGACUUUUAAAAUUUUUAGCUAUUUUACCAAUGGUUUCAGUGGUAAAUAAUGUUUUAAAAUACAGUAUAGGAGAAAUGAAAUUACGCUUGAGGACAAACAUAAGUCGCUAUAUGAUCGAUCAGUAUCUUAAGGGAUUCACUUAUUACAAAAUGAGCAAUUUGGAUACGAGAAUUGCAAAUCCCGAUCAAUUAUUGUCAACUGAUGUUGAUAAAUUUUGCGAAAGCUGUACUGAUCUCUAUAGUAAUCUUGCGAAACCAAUGUUGGACAUCUCUAUUUAUGUUUAUAGAUUAACGUCAACUCUUGGUGGACAGACGCCACUUAUAAUGCUUUCGUAUUUGAUACUUGCUGGAGGUUUUUUGACACAUUUACGAAAACCAAUUUCACAAUUAACAGUUAAAGAACAACGUCUUGAGGGUGAAUAUCGACACAUUCAUUCGCGAUUAAUAACAAAUUCAGAAGAAGUUUCUUUCUAUCAAGGAAGUUCACGUGAAAAACUAACACUUCUUGCUAGUUUUCACAAACUCGUAACGCAUUUACGAAAAUUCCUAGAAUUCAGGGUAGCAAUUGGUGUAGUUGAUAAUUUUGUUGGAAAAUAUGUGGCGUCAGUUGUUGGAUUUUACGCCGUUAGUAUACCAUUCCUACAGAAAAAUCAUCCAAUUCUUUCUGGUACACCAGAUCAUCGAUUCAAGUAUUAUUAUACUUAUGGUCGUAUGCUAGUGAAAUUGGCAGAAGCAAUUGGUCGAUUAAUUUUGGCUGGACGUGAAAUGACACGAUUGGCGGGAUUCACUGCGAGAGUGACGGAAAUUAAAAAUGUUCUUGCUGAUUUAAAUGUAGGUAAAUAUGAAAGAACAAUGGUUGCUGGUUUGACGACAAAUUCAAUUGGUCGGCCAGGUGAUGGAAAAAUUAUAGCAAAAGACAAUAUGAUUCGAUUUGAUUGUGUGCCACUUGUCACACCAAAUGGCGAUAUUCUCAUUAAGGAAUUAAGUUUUGAAGUUAAAUCUGGUAUGAAUGUUUUGGUUUGUGGACCAAAUGGCUGUGGAAAGAGUUCACUUUUCCGAGUUUUAGGAGAACUCUGGCCAGUUUGGGGUGGUACUGUGACAAAACCGCCUCGUGGAAAAUUAUUCUACAUUCCACAAAGGCCUUAUAUGACAUUGGGAACAUUGAGGGAUCAAGUUAUUUAUCCACAUACACGAGCGGAAAUGAUAAGACGUGGUAAUGCAAAAGAUGAGGAUUUGAAGAAAUUUUUGGAUUUAGUUCAAUUGGGUCAUCUUUUGGAACGAGAGACACAAUCAAAUAGUCAAGGUCAAGGUUGGGAUACAGUUGCCGAUUGGAUGGAUGUUUUAUCAGGAGGAGAAAAGCAACGAAUAGCUAUGGCGAGAUUAUUUUAUCAUAAACCACAAUUUGCAAUUCUCGAUGAGUGCACAAGUGCUGUGAGUGUUGACGUUGAAGAUUCUAUGUACUCAUAUUGUAAACAAGAAAAUAUUACACUUUUUACCGUCUCUCAUCGAAGAUCUCUUUGGAAACAUCAUGAGUACUAUUUGAGAAUGGACGGACGAGGUGAUUACGAAUUUAAGCCAAUUGACUCAGAUACUCAAGAAUUUGGUUCUUGAAUAAAUGGAUUAAAAACCUUGCAUCAAGGCUAUGAAAUUAGGAAAAGAAACAUAAUACUUGAUAAAAACAAUCGAGUUGAAAUUGUAUAGAGAAUUACUUGAUCAAUGUGGUCGAGACGAUUUAGAAAAGUGAGAUGAUCUCUUUUAAAGAUCGUAGUAUUCAAAAGUAAGGUUUUUUUUUUUGUUAUUUAAUACUUUCAUACAGAACAUAAUUUAUAAAUAGAAAAAUAGUUUCAUUAUAACGAAAUUCAAUUUCUUUUUUUAUUUGCCAAAGUAGAUUUUUAAUUGAAUAUUAUAUUAGUAAUUUUUAAUUUAACUUUACUUAAUAAAUUUUGCACAUUUAAAUAAUUACAUAUUAAGUAAUUCAAUGUUUAUGUUUAAAUGUAAUUUUGAUUGAACAAAAAAUAAUAGGUGAAACAAAUGUACGUAAAAUUUUACGUCAUAAAACAAUGAACAAUUACCAUUACAAUAGAAAAAACUAUUGUUUUUUUAUGUAUUAAAAGAGCAAUGAUAAUUUUAAUUGCACACUUUAUAGAUUUUUACAUUUGAAAAUAAUUUUAUUGU